CCCGGGUGUCCCCGUGACGAGGCAGCGCGGAGCCGCCGCGGGCCCGGCCCAUCCCGCCGCAGCAGCCCGGGGGCCGAGCGGGGACGAGGCGGGGAGGGAGCAGCACACAGCGGCGAUCCGAGCGCGGCCAGAAUGGUGCUGGAAGGAAACCCUGAAGUGGGGACCCCCCGAACCUCAGACCUCCAGCACCCCGGGAACAAGGGCUCUUGCAUCCUUUCUUCCAGUGAAGAUGCACAGCCGGGCGAGGAGCCCAUCAAGUAUGGUGAACUCAUCGUCCUGGGAUGCUGUGAGGAAGGAGGUGAGGAAACCGAGGCUCAGAGAGGGGAAGUGACUGGCCCAAGGGCACACAGCUGCUACAAUGGGUGUCUGGCAAGUGGGGACAAGGGCCGUCGGCGAAGCCGCCUGGCACUGAGCCGCCGGCCACAUGCCAACGGAGUGAAGCCAGACGUCAUGCACCACAUCUCCACACCACUCGUCUCCAAGGCACUGAGUAACCGAGGCCAGCACAGCAUCUCAUACACGCUGUCCCGGAGCCACUCAGUCAUAGUGGAGUAUACGCAUGACAGCGACACAGACAUGUUCCAGAUUGGCCGCUCCACAGAGAACAUGAUAGACUUUGUGGUAACGGACACGUCCCCUGGAGGAGGAGCUGCAGAGGGCCCCUCUGCCCAGAGCACCAUCUCCCGCUACGCCUGCCGCAUCCUCUGUGACCGCAGGCCACCCUAUACUGCCCGCAUCUAUGCCGCUGGCUUUGACGCCUCCAGCAACAUCUUCCUUGGAGAGCGGGCAGCCAAAUGGCGGACCCCUGAUGGCCUGAUGGAUGGCCUGACCACCAAUGGGGUCCUGGUGAUGCACCCUGCGGGCGGCUUCUCUGAGGACUCGGCCCCAGGUGUCUGGCGGGAGAUCUCGGUCUGCGGUAACGUGUACACACUGCGGGACAGUCGCUCAGCCCAGCAGCGGGGGAAGCUGGUGGAAAAUGAAUCCAACGUGCUGCAAGACGGCUCGCUCAUCGACCUGUGUGGGGCCACACUGCUGUGGCGCACUCCGGCGGGGCUGCUGCGGGCACCCACGCUGAAGCAGCUGGAGGCCCAGCGGCAGGAGGCCAAUGCAGCGAGGCCCCAGUGCCCUGUGGGCCUCAGCACCCUGGCCUUCCCCAGUCCAGCCCGCGGUCGCACAGCACCUGACAAGCAGCAGCCCUGGGUCUACGUCCGUUGCGGCCAUGUCCACGGCUACCACGGCUGGGGCUGCCGGCGGGAGCGGGGCCCCCAGGAGCGCGAGUGUCCUCUCUGCCGCCUUGUGGGGCCCUAUGUGCCCCUGUGGCUUGGCCAGGAGGCUGGCCUCUGCCUGGACCCUGGGCCGCCCAGCCACGCCUUUGCACCCUGUGGCCACGUCUGCUCUGAGAAGACUGCCCGCUACUGGGCCCAGACACCGCUGCCGCACGGCACCCAUGCUUUCCACGCCGCCUGCCCCUUUUGUGGGGCCUGGCUCACUGGUGAACAUGGCUGUGUCCGCCUCAUUUUCCAGGGGCCACUGGACUAGGCUGCUGGGGCCUUUGCUAUCAUGCCCACCUGCCCGCCCAGGUCCCCCACCCCCUGCAGCCCAGAUGGAGCUCUGCAUGUGGGACUCUACCUGUUGGCACAUAGCCUCACCGGUUGGACACAUUGGAUGGGCUGUGGCCCUCCCCUAAGCUCCGGUUCCCAAGGGGUCCCCAAGAUCUCUACCCUGGUCAUACUGGUCAGCACCAGUGCUGCCCCAGGCUGAUGGAGGGAGUCCAGCCCCAUGCCCCUGCCCUUCCUGGGGCAUCCCACAUCUUGCCACCUACACUGUGCCCCUGGGGGAGUGAAGGAGCUGUGGUUCCUGACCCCCAGCUUAGGCUGGCUGUGCCCUGAGCCUGCCAAGUCAGUAACAGAUAUCUGUCCUUCUGCUGCUGCCCCGGGCUCCCCUAUAAACCUCACUGCUCAGGACUGCCCUGACAAAUCCACGUGUCCCGCAUGCAUGCAGAUCCUCCAACCCUGAGCAAGUGCUGGGUGGGCAGCGGGCUGGCACUGGCAUUUGCUGAUGCCCACCACAGGCUAGACUCUGUGCCCAGUGGGCUCUGGGGAUGCAGAGAUAAUCAGGUUCUCCACAUGAUCUAGUGGAGGAUGGACCAAAUUACCAAAUAACAGAAUUCUUGGGGACUGGGGAAGAGUCCUUGCUGGCCGUGGGAAAGUGAGUGAGGCUGAGAUUCAGCUUCCAUGGUGGCUCAGAAUCCUCCAGGCCCAUAGGAUGGGAUGGAUGCUGUGCAUACUCUGUGCAGGCUGCAGGCAAGGAAACAGGGCUGAGCGACAGAUUCUAGGGACUGGAGCAUGGACUGUAGGGGGCAGAUGGGGCUAGAGCAGGAGGCAGGGCCAGGCUGAUGGGAAGAUGCUGGAUGGAGGAUUUGUACCCUUAUUUGUGGACAGCCAGGAGUCAACAAAGCAGGGAGAGGACUCUUGGCUUCAGAGCAUUGGCUCUGACACAAGGGCUACCAUCACUGAGUGCCCACAUGUGCCCCACACUGUGCUAAUCGUAAUAACAACUGUGUUCAUUGAGCACUCACCAGGCACCAGGCUCUGCUUCUCGGAGGUUUUGUUGUUUAAUCUUCACAGUAACCCAGGGAGGGAGGUGUUACCAUUUGCAUUUACAGGGAGAUAAAGGCACAUAACUAGAAAGUGGCCAAGUCAGGACUUGAACCCACAGCUGUCCAUCGGGGUACAGCCUGCCCCUCUCCCUUAUGCUGUGGCUUUCCUUCAGUGAGUGGGGCUAAACUGAGCAUGGUGUUCAAGUCUGUUUCAUCAAAGGGCUGGAAAAUGGGUUGGUGGACAUCCACUGCUCCAUGACCCAGCCCCAUGCAAGGCCCAUCCUCCCCAGCUUCCUGUCUAAGGAGAGACCUGCCCAGGCUGGCAUCAGAAGCUGGCAACCACAUCUGCUGGCCACCUGCACCCCAGCCAGAUGCAGUGGGUCAUCAGCCAGACUGGGGUGUUCUGAGCAAGAACUGAAGGUUUUCUGAGAAGAUACAGAGAGUCUCUCCAGAGGAAGGGCAGAGUUGGGAGGGCAUCCCAGGUGAGGGAACAGCAUGGCAGGACAGGGAAAAUACUUGGUGACCAAUGAGCUUGGUGUUCAGGAGGUGGGAAAGAGGAAUGGGGCUGUGGGUGUUUGGGCUGGGGUCUGGUGAGCCCUGGUUGUCAUGGAGUCCAAGUCUGAGUGGACUCCUUAUGCAUCCUGGUCAUGGGUUAUCUCUUUUUGUGAGCCAAGAGCCAAGCUGGGAGUGUUGCUAGGGUUGCCCUCUGACCAGCCAGGAAGUCAGGUAGAUGGAUGUUCUGGAGAUAUGAAAAAAGAAGGUUCUGCAUGCAGGCAGGAUCGGGGUAUCAUCCCAGUGCAGCAGGGAUGCCAGACCCUUAGGAGUGCAGAUUCCUGAUGGUGCCCACCUGGAAUCCAAGCGACUCAGGAGGCUGAGACAGGAAGAUCUCAAGUCUGAGGCUACCUUGGUCAACUUAGCAAGACCCUGUUUCAAAAAAGAAAAACUACUAAGGAUGUAGUUUAAUAGUAGAGAGGCCCUGGGUUCAGUCCCCCGAACUGCAAAAAGGAGGAGUGCAAUUUCCCCUGGAGGGAACGUCCCAAGGCCACACAGCUGGUUGGGACCAGAGACCUUGGCUGUUGAGAGGACAGAGGGCACCCUUGUCCCUUGUGUGAUUAGAAGAGAGAGAUGUGAUUGCAUCCUAGCUUCCUUGCUAAGUACUGCUCAGUUAGCAUGGGAUGGAGGGCAGAGAGGGAUGCUGGAGUGGGUGUGGGAGCAUUUCAAACCGCCCUACAGUGGUAGAAAUACAGUUCUCCUCAGUCAUUCCCUCCUCUGACCCUGUUGGGAACCAGAAAAGGGAACAAUCUGAUCCUAUUUUUGGUAGGGAGUUGCAGACUCUGGGAGGAGAGACAAGGGGCACUACCUGGGUGCUGGAGAGAAAUUAGAGGUGAUGGCAGGAGGGGUCAGAUGGCCCUGGACUUGCCGCAGCUCUGCCACUUGCCAGAGCUUGAAGCCUCAUUUCCAAAGUUGUUAAAUGGGAUGAUAGUCCCUCCUUGUCCGGUGGCUGUGAAUGUCUGGAAGGCACCUGUGGCAUAGUAGACACUUAACACUACUUCCUCACCUAUCCCUUUGACAUUCUCCUGGGGAAGGGCCAAGACAAGAGAUGAGCAUGACUCCAGUGAGUAGAUGGCUCUACGUGAGUGUGUGUGUGCACGUGCGUUUUGGGGACAGGUGGAAGGGACAGUGUGGUGGAAGGUUUGAAUAAGGCUAGACCCUAGUUCAGGGACUCUGGAAGACAUCUGUGUGUUCUUAGGGAAGUCAAUGAACCUCUUAUCUUCAGUCUUUCCAUCUGUGCAAUGGGUAAAGUGGUAUCCUAUCUCAGGGGUUUUGCAAGAAUUAAAUGAGAUUCUCCAUGACAAGCGGCUGGCCAAAGACCUCAGUUAAGCGCUCCCAUUAUCUGCAAUCAUAAAAAUGGGAUCUUGAGCUUGGUUGAGGGGCCUGUGUACCCGGCUCUUUAGCUUGCCCGAGCUGCCCUCUGGUGGUCA